UAUAAACGCACCUCUUUCAAGAAUUAGCUACACUUUUCAUCGCUACAUCGUAUCCAAAGGUCCUGGUUGAAUCGUGCUAUGAUGGAAGGCUACACUAUACUCUCACUUCUUCUCUGCCUCAGUGCGGCAAGCGCCGCUUCCAAUUAUGAUGUGCGGCUUACCGGGCCAGAUAACAACGAGCGAAUGGGACGGGUAGAGAUCUCUUGGAACGAACAAUGGGGAACAGUUUGCGACGUUGGCUGGGAUAUUGAGGACGCUAAUGUUGUCUGCAAACAGUUGGGCUUCCCUGAUGGUGCUGAUCCUGAGAGACUGUACAAGAAAUUCGGCAAAGGCUCAGGAACGAUUUGGGUCGCCGGCAUGGACUGUACCGGCAAAGAGGCUCAACUCAAGGAGUGCCAUGUGAGAAAUAAUGGGGCAUUCGGUUGCACUCAUGACCAGGACGUAGGAGUGUCAUGCCUAGGUUGGGACUCAUAUGGAAAAAAAAAGGAAAGGUGGCUGCUAAAGAACGAUCCGAUGACAAAAAAGAUGCUAACUUGAAGAAGAAAGAUGUCCUCCAGGCCCUAUAUGAUCUCCUGGUCGAACUCGACGACAAAUAGAAAAUAUAAGGCAGCGGACACACUGAACUUGGGACGGACUAGGAGCUGUUAGAUAUAUAGAGCCUUUUUUUCUGCACGUUCGCUCGGCCGUUUAUUCAUUCGCGGUUGGGUCUGGACGAGCAGGUGAUGUCACUUCAUAUUGACGCGUGAUCGAUAUAGUCAAAAACAUUUGCCCCCAAAAUAUACUGAAAACAUGAUCCCUUUUGCACAAGAACUGGUACAAAGACGAGGCUCUAGAAAAAAUGUGUAUGUCUAACUUAUCGGGUACACAGUUUAAAAAGUAGCCUGUUUUCGAGGAAAAAAAUGAAUAUACUCAUUUACAUGUUCGCGAACAAAUAUGACCCCUUUUCAUCAAAUGUUAUGUUUUUUAAAACAAAAUCAACUCCGCGAACAUUCCCGCAAAUCACCCAUUUUACGCGAAAUGUAUAACUAUCUUGUGCCGCACACGACAUCGAUAAGAGUGAUACCACCGCUAGAGACUUAACAUAUUUUGACAAAAGUUGGAUUCUAGGGCCGUCCACUAGUUUGUACCCCCUAAAUGACGGAUUGCCUAAAUGUUAUUAACCCUAUAGGUUUCUAACCACUCUGCUAACUGCUUUAACCCACAUUAUAAUUCCUUUGAAGAGAAACCAUCUUUAUCAGGCCUCGUUCAGAAAUGAUGCGGCAAAAUUGGGCGUUUUUCUUUUGUUAUGUUGACGUAAAAUGUAAAGAGCGUCACUUUUUCGUAUCCCAUAACACAUAGCUCGGUAAAAACGCGAAGCAGUAUUUUUUUUUAAAUUUAUGCGGCGGUUUACCGUGUCAUAUUUAAACGAGCCUGUAUAAAAACAGAAUUCUCUAUCCCUCUUUCUUUCUCCAUUUCUUUCUGUUUUUUAAAGUUCAUCUAAAAUACAUUAUAUAAACAGGGUUUUAUCAUAUUGAUAUUUUUUACUAUAUAGAAGAUAUCAUUCGUUGCUUUGUUUUUGUAGAGGUUAAUCUCAAACGGACAUGAUUAUGUAACUCACCAGAUUUUGCUACCCUGUAUUGACUAACUCUUUUAUUAAACAUGAUAUAUUCAUUGCAAGAAGAA